CUUCUCAGGCGAACAGCUGUGUUGGCUUAGGAUUAAAAAUAAACAUUGAUUUUCUGCCCGAAAGUAUACGUAAACGCGUAGGCGCUCCCCACCUGGCAGUGCACCCGAUUGACCGACUUCAAACCUCCACGGCAACUAUGGGCUCCGACGACCACAAUGCGGGGGAGAGGAUCCAGAAGGGAUUCCAAAUCAACUAUAUGAUUCUGCGGGACGCCGACAGCGGAAAGAUAAUCUGGCAGGAGAACAAGGACUUCUCGGCACCGGAUCUGGAGCACGAGGCCCGGGUGCCGGUGAAGAUACUGGACAUGCGGGCCGUUUCCCGUGAGAUCAACUUCAGCACCAUUGAGCCAAUGGAGAACUUUCGGCUCGACCAGAAGGUGCUCUUCAAGGGCCGCAUCAUGGAGGAGUGGUUCUUCGAGAUGGGAUUUGUGGGCGCCAGUACCACCAACACCUGGCAGUCGACGAUCGAGGCGGCACCCGAGUCCCAGAUGAUGCCCGCCAAGGUCUUGAACGGCAAUGUGACGAUCCAAACCAGUUUCUACGACAACGAGACUCUCAUCACCAAAUCGGUUGUGCGCCUGUACUACAUUUAGGCAACUCUGAGUCAUCUGGUCGUGACCAGGUACCAGGUGUUCCCAUCCACUCACGCCUUCUGGAUCUUUUUCAAGAUGUUCUCUAUAAAACCUACUUCGCUUUAGAGUACUUCUGCAUUUCAAUGCAAUUGUUUGCGCGUUUAUGAACUAGUUGUAGUCUAAUGCAUUUUAAUCUAAUUUUACAUUUACCAUAUUAAUUUAUUAAUAAAAAGUAACAAAUGUAAUGCAGAUAAAUGACGGAAUGUCAACUCGAACGCAACAAGCAUGCUUAUGUACAAAUCUUUUAUAGACUGUCAAAAAUUGACUAAAAAUAGCUGAGAAAUUUGUGUCAUUUGAGAUAAUUUGUAUCUAUAGAUCUCUGUACUACUUGAAAUCAAUCCAUAAAGUCAACUUAAAUUUGAUGAAACGAAUUUUAACAUAUACAAUGUACCAUAAUUUGAGAAAACAUUUGGAUGCGUGCUCUACUUAAAUAACAAUGAAAGUACUAAAAUCUGUCAAAGUUGUAUUAGAUAUAGCCUAGCUGUACGCAAUUUGUCAGCAAAUAUAAGCAGAUGUUAUAAGAAAA